AUGGGAAAGAAACAAGUGUGCCCACCUCGUGCCCUUCCUCCAGUGCCAAGUGGAAGCCAAGAUGAAAUUCCACUCAGUCGUCCCAAAAAAAGGAAAUCCAAAGGAAAGACUCCAUUAGAUGGCAUUGUGCAGGCAGCGGUUCGUCGGCAGUCUGAAAGCAGCGAGCCCCUGACUCCUGAGCCUCCUGAUGCCCCUCCUCAGAGGAAACGCAAAAAGAAGAAAGUACCUACAGAUUCUGAGACCUCCUUUACCCAGAAAAAUGUAGCAUCCCUAUUUCAGAAUGGAAAUGGCAUGGAUGUCCCUGAAGCUGAAGAAACGGUGAUCCGCAAACAGAGAAAAAGAACAAAGAAACCUCGGCCAGCUGAAGUGAGCUCCAAUGAGCUGGAAGUGGAGGAGGAAGACAUCAUUGAAGAUGAGCACAGGAAGAGCCCAGAUCAGCAGCCUGUGUUUGCUGCUCCCACUGGAAUUAGUCAGCCUGUUAGCAAAGUGUUUGUUGAAAAAAAUCGGCGUUUUCAGGCAGCUGAUCGUGCAGAAUUGAUUAAAACCACUGAAAAUAUCAAUGUACUUCUGGAUGUGAAGGCUUCAUGGACUACUAGAGAUGUUGCCCUCUCAGUGCACCGAAGUUUCAGGGUUCUGGGCCUCUUCACUCACGGCUUCCUUGCUGGUUAUGCUGUAUGGAACAUCGUGGUUAUCUACAUUUUGGCAGGAAAUGAGCUUUCUAUGGUUUCUAACCUGCUUGAGCAGUAUAAGACAAUAGCAUACCCAGCUCAAAGUUUGUUCUAUUUUUUGCUGUCUAUCAGUACAGUCUCAGCCUUUGACAGGAUUGAUCUGGCAAAAGCAUCAGUUGCACUGAGGGGCAUUCUUACGCUAGACCCAGCAGCACUAGCUUCUUUCUUGUACUUUGCUGCUCUUAUCUUAUCCUUAAGCCAGCAGAUGACAUGUGACAGAAUCAACCUCUACACGCCACCUUCGGAAAAUGGCAGUAUAUGGACUGCAGGUACAGAGGCAGAAAUUGUUCAUUCGUGGGUUGUGGUGAAUCUCGUAGUGUCUGUUCUAGUUGGGACAAGUUGGAUCUUCUUAAGUUCUCGACCUGAGUUGGACCACAGUGAAGAGUUGAUGUUUCAUUCUGAAAUUGAGGAGUUUCCUCACGGAGAGGUCAUACCCAGAGUCCAGCCAUAAGUGUGGAACAAGACUGCAUUAUAUUGUAGCUGUGACUGAUGGCUCAAUAUGUUGUGUAUUAUAGC